CUAAUUUAUUACUACAAUUUGUUCCUCACCUUUGGUCUCUUUAGAGAUAUAGAUACAUUAUAGAUGUUAGCAUUUGUAUUCAAUUAUAACUGGGUGAAUGCUCAUAAAACGAUGCGUUUCUCUUGAUUAGGUCUGCUCCUGUUUUUUGACUGAUUUUCCAUUCUGGUAACAUUUGAUACUGAGUUUCGAAGAUAGAAACUCAGUGGUUGUGCAAGAGAGGACACCGAGGUCAGCAUGGGCUCCGGCUCCUCCUCUUAUUCCCCCAGGACUAUUUACCUAGAUGUGGAUGGAAAAGUGCAAAAGGUGGUGUUCAGUCGGCACUGCAGUCCGUGUGACAUCAAAGAGCUUCUAUGUUCCUCAUCUAAUAUUCCCAGGAAUACUGCCAUCACGGUGGUUGAUCCAGAAGGUGCCAUGGUUUCCAUCGAUCCCACUAUGCCCACCAACUCUCCAAACUCAUUGUACAAAGUUAUCCCACAGUCUACCGGUCAACUUGGAGAGAAGGAGGAGGUGUUUCAGAACGUGUUGUCCCAGGUGGCUGAACAGUUCAGCAGAGCUUUUCAAAUUAACGAAAUAAAGACUGAGGUCACUAACAAGUUGGCCAUGCUGGAAAGGAAAGUUGAACUGGAAGGCUUGAAAGUUGUGGAGAUUGAGAAGUGUAAAAAUGAUCUCAGGAAACUACGAGAUGAGAUGACUUCAAGAGGUGUCAGCAGGGUAAACUGCCAGUGCAAAUACAGCUUCACAGAUGAUGGGAAAAAGGUUACUCCCAGACGAGACAUCCCUACUUACCCCAAGUACACACUCUCUCAGGAGACUAUCGAGGCUCUGAAGAAGCCAACCUUUGAUGUUUGGCACUGGGAACACAAUGAGAUGCUGAGCUGCCUGGAGUACAUGUACCAUGACUUGGGCAUUGUAAGGGAGUUUAACAUGAAUCCCAUCACACUGAAGCGCUGGCUGCUGGCAAUUCAGGAGAACUACCGUAACAACCCUUUCCACAACUUUCGUCACUGCUUCUGUGUUAGCCAAAUGAUGUAUGGCAUGCUGCACCUCUGCAACCUGCAGGACAAGCUGAGCCUGACAGAUAUGGUCAUUUUGAUGACAGCUGCGGUGUGUCACGACCUGGACCACCCUGGCUACAACAACACGUACCAAAUCAACGCUCGCACAGAGCUGGCGGUGCGCUACAACGACAUCUCUCCGCUGGAGAACCAUCACUGCGCCGUUGCCUUCCAAAUUCUCUCUCUUCCCGAGUGCAACAUCUUUGCAAAUGUGGAACCUGAGGCGUUCAAACAGAUGAGGCAGUCGAUUAUCACCCUUAUUCUAGCCACUGACAUGGCCAAACACGGGGAGAUACUCGAAUCCUUCAAGCAAAAUGUGGACAACUUUGACUUCACAAACGCGGAGCACGUGGCAUGUCUCAGAAUGGUGUUGAUCAAGUGCUGUGACAUUUCCAAUGAGGUGAGGCCAACUGAGGUCGCUGAACCAUGGGUGGACUGCUUACUGGAAGAGUACUUCAUGCAGAGUGACAGAGAAAAGUCCGAAGGUCUUCCAGUGGCUCCAUUCAUGGACAGGGAUAAAGUCACCAAACCCACUGCUCAGAUUGGCUUUAUAAAGUUUGUCCUCAUUCCGAUGUUUGAGACAGUCAUGAGGCUUUUUCCUCAAAUUGAAGAGAUCAUGGUUCAGCCUUUGAGAGACUCCCGUGAUCACUAUGAGGAGCUUAAGCAGCUUGAAGAUGCCAUGACAGAGGGUUCUUCCUUCAUGGUCAAAUUCAGAAAAAAGCUUGAAAAAAUGUGACAGACCUCAGUGGAGACGUUCUGCGCUGCAUUCUGAAGAUGACAGCUGGAGAAGGAGGGCUCGACCGAAAGGAGAUGGCUCAACCACCCUCCGAACUAAAAUUAGGCACCUUGAAGGCAUAUCCUGAACUUUGACUUAGACUUUUGCACUGGUUGUUAAAAGGAGCUACUUGCUUCCCACCUUAUAUAUUUAGGUUGUGCUUUAUUUAUACUUUUUAUAUGUGCAAUAGUCUGAAGCACUUGUCCACAUAGAAAAGUGAAACCAAACUUGGGCCAAAGGCUGAAGACCAAAUGUUCAGGAAAUGUAUCCCCAUUAUGGUUAUUUCCUAGUCCCUCCAGUAGAAAACGCACAAAAGUCAGUCAUUUUCACCUCUUUGUAGCAAUAAAAGUUU